AUGGCGGGAGAAGGACCAACGGGAGAGCAGCUCCUGAUGAGGCUGCUGCAGACGCAGCAGGAGCAGAUGGGACAACUCCAGAGACUGCUAGAGCAGAACCAAAGGCCACGUGGGACCGUGGUGGAUACAAAGGCGAUUGGCCGACCUGAGAAAUUGGGAGGAACACUGGAAGAAGCCUCGCGUGCAUGGCGCCAGUGGAACUACCGGCUGGAGCUUUGGCUCACGAGCCAGUUUCCGGAAACCCGGGCAAUCCUGACUUGGGCUCGGACCCAAGAUGAGGAAAUCGCCGUUGCCAGGCUGAGGGAACAGCUGGUGGAAGGAGUGACUCCCGAAAAGGUUCAGGAGUUCAAUCGACAACUGGAGGUGGUCCUGGGUACUUUGACUAUGGACACCCCAGGGGAUAUCACGAUGAACUCGAGCGCAGGAUCCGGACUGGACAUGUACCGGCGGCUCCAUGGGAGAUUGGAUCCGACUGACAUGGUCACGAGCUUUAGGUGGUUGCGGCAGCUCAUGUCGACGAAGCCAGUUGCAGAAGUGAGCGACUUGAUCGCUGCAGUGGAGAGAUGGGAGGACCAGCGGAGAACGGACGGCGAGGAGCCCGAGCAGGAGGAGGACUACGAAGCCGAGGUGGGCUUCAUAGGAAUGCUCGAAGGCGAAGGAGAGGACCCGGGAAGGGGAGACGAGACGCCAAAGAAGCCGGAAAGAAAGGAAAAGAAAGAAAAGAAGAACGAGAAAGAGGAAAAGAAGCAGAAGAGCCCAAAGGGCGACGACGAAGACUGGGGAACCUGGCGUUCCGACCCCAGUGCUUCUGGCGCGGGAUCGUCUCGAGACCCGCCAGAAGGGGCAAGGCACGAGCAAGGCAACCUGUUGUCCGAGCUGCAAGCAAGCCAGGCCGAGCUCAACAGGGCCCUGGCUAGCGCUGAGAGUGACGAGGAAAGGGCCAACCUGGAGGCUGAGCUCGAGGAGGUCACCCGGCAGCUGAAGGAGCUUGUGGCUAAGAGGAGGGCUGCCAGGACGGCUACCGCUGGGAGUUGGAAGUCGUCGGCACGCUUCUUGGCUGACGUCCGCUCGGGACGCAAAGCCGAGCUGGCCAAGAGGAAGGAGCUUAGCCGCCAGCGAGCGGCGAAGCACAGGCAAGCCUCCCGCGAAGGGAGGGCUCGCGAAAGGGUCGCGCUGGACGAGGAGUGGCAGAAGAGGUACAACAAGCCGCUUAAGAAAGACGACGGCAAGAAGGCAUCCUACCCGCUGAUGCCGGAGAACACCGAUCGAGAGGCAAGACCCUUGAGCAAGCGAGCUAGGGAAAACCUUCGCCAAGAAGGUGCUGGGGACGACGUCCCGGAGGAGCACGUUAGGAGUUGGCGAGAAAAGCCCAAGACUCCUGGGGAACGUGCAGGCAAGCGCCGCAGGGAAGCGGCCAGGAAGAAGAGGAAGGAAGCUGCGAGCGGCACCGGCGGCGAGCCAAGCCCAAGCACUCAGCAAGCCGAGGCUAUCCGGACGGCGCCGUGGCGUAACGACGGCAAGUUGCCCGGGGAGCAGAAGAAGGGUGGAAAGGAGAGCGGCAAGAAGGGCAGUGGUGGGCCCAGGGAGGAUCUGGCCCAGGGUUCGGAAGACAGCCCGGGCCGGAGGCCCGUGAUGGGCCGAAGCAAGCUUCUUGGGGCGGCGUUGGCUGGGGCGCUGCAGGCGCAAGCCAAGAGAAUGCCCAAGGAGAAGAUCAUCCAGAGGAGCCAGGUGAGGCGCCUGGUGGAAGCCCACAAGGGCGCAGACCGCUUUGCGAAGCGGCAGGAGAGCCCUGGUGAAGAAGCUACGGUCGGAGUCGUUGCCGAGCGCAGGCUGCUGGACAGCGACUGUGAGAGUUGCACCUCUCGACGAGGAAAGGCCACGAAGGCCGCAGCAGCUGCCUACGCCAAGAGUCUUCUCCAGAAGAGGGAGAGGAUGAAGUAUCUGCCCCUCCUUUCGGAGGACGAGGGCGAGGAAGACCACGUGCCACUGGGGGGAAGAGGUCCAGAGGACCCACCCGACGGAGAAGGCGGCCUGGAGGGCCGGGUGAUCCUGGACAGCGGUGCAAGCCACAACGUGCUGCCAGACAAGGUGUACCAGAAGCUCUUCGAGGAAGGGAGGGCCACAGCCUUGAAGGAGGUGAGUUCGCCACUUAAGUUUUCCACGGCGAGCGGGGAGAGUCUGCCCAACCUGGGCACAACGGAGUUGCUUCUGAGUGGCCCGUCUUCGGAUGGGAGGGCCACCAGGUGCAGAUGCAUCUUCAACGUGGCAGCUGUGCAGCGCUGCCUCCUCUCCACUGGUCGUGCGAUGGACCGUGGCAACGCCUUAAGGAGGCCACGCUGCGCCGCAACUGAGUACUACAACCUCUUUCCGGAGCCGGAGGUGUUCCCGAUCCACUCUGACGGUGAAGAAGACGAGGCCCGACCCUUUGGGAAUGGUGAGCCACGCCAGGCGGAGCCCGCUUCGGGAUCCGCCCAGCCAGGAGGCGAAGAAGCACAGCGUGCGAAGCCACUUCGAGCGCCGCCUGUGCCCACGCCUCAAAUGGUUGCUGAGCACGAGGUGACACAUAUCCCUUACCGAUCGUGGUGCCCAGCAUGUGUAGCUGGACGGGGGCGAGCCUACUCGCACCACCACGAGGGCCGAGACUCCACAGUGCCUGUGGUAUCAGCUGACUACCUGUACUUCUCUGAGAAGGGAGUACCGGGAAAGCGGUGCUUUCGAGAUUUGAACUGGCUGGGGUACAAGCGCUUGGUUCUGAAGACGGACCAAGAGAACGCGAUCAAGGCAUUGGGGGCAGCUGUGAAGGCUGGUUUUCCAGAGGACUUGACUCUGGAAGAGUCGCCCAAGGGAGACUCUCACGGGCAAAGCAACGGCACAGCUGAGAAUUCAGUGCAACGUGUGCAGGGACAAGUGCGCACGAUGAAGUAUGCCCUGGAGCAAAAUGCUGGAGGAGAACUACCCAAGGACUCGGUUAUCUUCCCUUGGAUGAUCGAGUACGCAGGGGUGCUCCACACCUUGUUCUCUCAAGAGGACAGCGAGGGCAUGACUCCGUUUCAGAAGCUGAAGGGCCGAACCUGGCAAGUAGCUCUUCCAAGCUUUGGAGAAAUCGUGGACUAUCGCCGAAGGACGAAAAGCAAGCUUGAUGCCAGAUGGCAAGAAGGAGUCUACCUAGGACUGCGGCUUACGAGUUCGGAGAAGAUUAUCGGGACGCCCUCGGGUAUCCUGGUGGUGCAGUCUAUCCGAAGGAAGCCUGCAGACAAGCAGUUCAAUCUCGAGAUGCUGAAGGCUGUGAAAGGAACUCCCUGGCAGCUUAAUCCCGAGAAGAGCACGAACGCUGAUGCAGACAGACUCCCGGAGCCUAUCGUGAUAGAGCCUGUGGUCGAGCAAGCAGAGCUUCCACCGAAACCUGGAGAAGCCGAACGGUUGCCUACGUAUCGGAGAAUGUACAUCCGACAGAGCGACCUGGAGCAGUUUGGCUAUACUGGGGGUUGUGAGGCCUGUGCCGCCAUUCGCGAAGGCAGAGAACGCCAAGGUAUCAACCACAACGAGACGUGUAGGAAGCGGAUCCAAGAGGCGCUGAAGGACACCUCUCGGGGCCAAGCCCGCCUAGAGCGAGAGACUCAGCGCGAGACCGAGUACUUCACGAAAGUCCACGAGGCAGAAGAAAAGAAAAGAAAGGCUGCGACAGAGAAGGAGAAAAGGCCUGAGGCAGGAGGUGCAGAGGCGAGCGAGCCCAGCCAACCUAGCAGGCCACCAGAGCAAGCAGCAAAGAAAGUGGAGAAAAGGAAACCCUCUAACGCAGAGCCUGUCUCCGUUUCGCGAGAGAGUAAGAAGCCAGCAGUUACCGCUUCGGAAGCUGCUUCGGCGAGCAAACGGAAGAGCGAGGACCCUGGAGACCAAGAGAGGUCCGAGCUGAGGCCUGCAGAGGACCGAGCAGAAGGCUCUAAGCGCAAGGCUGAAAACAUCGAGGGAAUGAUUGAGACGCUUAUUGCUGGAGAGCGAAAGGCGUGGAUUGAAUCCCUGGAAGGAGUUGAACAGCCUACCUGCGACCUGGUUGAUGGUUUAGUGGAAGAGGUUCUUGCGGAGACCUUCUACGACGACCUCACCGGGAAAGAGCUUCCAGCUGAAGGUGUUAAAGCAGCCCGGGCAGAGGAAGUGAGCGUCAUCAGGCAGAUGGGAGUGUGGGAAGUCAUACCCCGCCCUGCAAACGAGAAGGUGAUCGGUACGCGAUGGGUAGACAUCAACAAGGGGGAUGGUGCCCGUCACAAACUGAGAUCCAGGCUUGUCGCUCAGGAACUCAAAAGAGCCCGCGGACCGCAACAACCAGAGGACCAGUCCACUUGGAGCGACUUUUUCGCUGCAAUGCCGCCACUCAGUUCUCUUCGGGCGCUAUUCUCUUUAGCGACUACACAGCGUGUACCCAACACUCGGGGAAAGCUGUCACCCGUUGGGUCUGGAGGCGAAGUCUGCCUCAUGUUUCUGGAUGUGAAGAAAGCUCACUUUUGGAGCCCUGUGCGUCGGAGACUCCUUGUGGAGCUUCCACCAGAAGCUGGAGAGGGACGAGACAAGGUUGGACUUCUGAAGCGUUCCUUGUAUGGGACCAGGGAUGCACCUUCCAAUUGGGAGAAAGCCAUCAAGGAUGCUCUGGAGGGCUUGGGCUUCAAGCAAGGAAAAAGCAACCCAUGCCUGUACUUCCACGAGGAGAAAUCUUUGCGACUCAACGUCCAUGGAGAUGAUUUUACAGUGGUUGGAAGCUACAAAGAGCUCAAGUGGCUAGAAGCUGAACUGGGCAAGGUUUGGACAGUUGAGACAAGGGGCAUCCUGGCUAGACCCGGUUCGGAGCUGCCAGGCGUGAUUCAUCAGAUCUCUGUCUUGAAUCGCCUAGUGACGUGGACCCAAGAAGGCAUCGAGAUGGAAGCCGACCCAAGACAUGUGGACUUAGUUCUGGAGCAGCUGGGUCUGGAGAAAGGAGUUUCUGUGACCACUCCACUGGUCAAAGUGAAAGAAGAGGACAUGGACAAGACUCCACUUGGUACUGCUGAAGCAGCUCUGUACCGUUCUAUCGCUAUGCGGAUCGGUUAUCUGUCUAUGGACAGGCCGGACUUGCUUAGGACCGUCCGCGAGUUAGCGAAAGGGCUGAAAGAACCUCAACAACACCAUUGGGGUCUCUUGAAGAGAGCUGCAAGAUAUCUCCGAGGAUCUCCUAGGCUGGUGCAAUUGAUUCCAUAUCAAGAGCACUUCACAAGCAUCAAUGCUUGGUCCGACAGUGACCAUGCUGGGUGUAUCAAGACUAGGAAAAGCACGACUGGAACUGUGAUCCAGCUCGGAGAAGCAACAGUGAAGACAGCAGCCAAGGGGCAAGCUGUGAUUGCCCUGUCCACUGGAGAAGCAGAAUACUAUGGCUUGAUAUCAACAGCCUCAACCACUUUGGGCGAGCAAGCGAUGAUGGCGGACUGGGGUGUAAAGCUGUCUGUCCACAUAGCUAUGGAUGCCAGCGCGGGCAUAUCCAUCGGCUCGCCACGAGGGCUGGGAAAGGUCAAGCACAUUGAUACCUGCUAUCUGUGGGUACAGGAAAUAGUGGAUCAAGGAAGAAUACGCCUGAAGAAGGUCAACACGCAAGACAUGCUGGCGGACCUCAUGACGAAGCCUUUGGACGGCCAAACUGCUACGAAGCUACUGAGUCGAAUGGGCUACACCGUCAGGUCUGGAAAGCAUGAGCUGGCCUUAGGGAAGGCGUGA